AAAGCUAAAGCUAAAGAAGCCGGUUGUCGAGCAUCGUCAGGCCGCUGGCCUAAGCGACUACGUUUAGUUUUUAUUUUAAGUCUAACGUUUUUGUGAGGUACGAUGGCUCUUUGAAAUGGCGCAGAAAGACACGCUGUUACAUCUCUUCGCAGGGGGAUGUGGUGGAACCGUAGGUGCCAUCAUGACCUGCCCCCUGGAGGUGUUAAAAACCAGACUACAGUCAUCUGGCCUCACCCUCAGACCCGUUUUCCAGGUCCAGCUGGGCACAUUCAAUGGUGCUGGCGUCAUUAGACCGGGACCCGUCACCCCUGGCUUGCUACAGGUGUUACGGUCAAUUCUAGAGAAAGAGGGACCAAAAUCUCUAUUCAGAGGAUUGGGCCCAAAUCUUGUUGGUGUUGCACCCUCAAGGGCGAUCUAUUUUGCAGCUUAUUCAAAGUCAAAAGAGACUUUCAAUGGCAUCUUUGUCCCAAACAGUGGAAUUGUCCACAUGUCCUCGGCUGGCUUUGCAGCAUUCGUCACAAACUCCCUGAUGAAUCCCAUCUGGAUGGUCAAAACAAGAAUGCAGCUUGAGAGGAAGGCACGUGGGGAGAAGAAAAUGAAUGCGUUACAAUGCGCGCGGUAUGUGUAUAAGACAGAAGGUAUGCGAGGUUUUUACCGGGGCCUGACGGCGUCAUACGCUGGCAUUUCAGAGACCAUGAUCUGCUUCCUUAUUUACGAGACGCUGAAGAAGUACCUAGUGCGGAGUCGAUUCACCACGCCUGACACCGACACAGAAAAAGGCGCUUCAGAUUUUCUGGGCCUCAUGGUUGCUGCUGCAUUUGCCAAGGGUUGCGCCUCCUGCAUAGCUUAUCCACAUGAGGUAAUUCGGACAAGACUAAGAGAAGAGGGAAGCAAAUACAAGUACUUCUUUCAGACGGCGCGCCUUGUGGCGGUGGAAGAGGGAUACGCAGCUUUUUACCGAGGACUCAUUCCACAGCUCAUCAGACAGAUCCCCAACACAGCCAUAGUGCUGUCCACCUAUGAGCUCAUUGUGCAUCUGCUGGGUGAACCCUCCAAAUGAAGCUGAACACUACAAGCACAAAGAUACUUUUGACCAGUGGACAGAAAAGAAUCCAUUGUGAACAGGGAUGUUUAUUUGAAUUACCCAAAGACUUUAAAGAGCUUUUUUAUUUUGCGUUGACUGCAUAUGUUAUCAGAACUGUUUUGCGUGUUUGUGUUAUGUAAAUGGCGCAUAUUGCAUAGCUACUCCAAGAUGUUUGUGUAUACUGUAUCAGUGUACAGCAAAAAGUCAUCGGAAUAUACAAAUAGUGCUUUUAAGUUAACUAAAUUAUUCUUAUUAUAAGUAGCAGCGUUUUGUUUUUUGUCUGUGGAAUUCUUUGGAUCUAUGAUAUGGUGCGUGUCCAAGAGUUUUGGAGUUAAUCCGGGUUUUAUUAUGAAGUUCUUGGAAGGAAUGCAAAUGAUACUGUAAUGGGGGCGUAGGAUAGCUUGUUAGGAGCCGAUAAGAUCACGUUGCAAUAUUUUGUAACACUUUCCUGCUUCAUGACGGCUAGUAGCACUGGAAUCUGACCAAUCAAUUCCAUUCACCUCUUUGCUAGAAACCUAUCAUCUGUUUACUGUAUGUUAAGUUGUUCAUCUUUUACAGAAAAUGAGGGCCUUGAUGCAUAUGCUGCUGUUGGUUUAAUAAAAUAAAUUAUGGAAGUAAUUUUUUUUGUUGUUGGAAAUGCACAGAUAAAAUGAGCCACAUUAAUAAAUAUACCUUUUUAAGUCU